AGCAGGGCUCGCACCAGCCGCAGGCAUUGGACGGGGGGCCAGCGACCGGCGCAGUCAUCCCCACAUCACCGGGCUCGCCGCACCAGGUGACGCGGCGGGAUGAGGCUGGACCGAGGCGAGACCCUGCUGCUCGGUGCUGUUCUGCUAUGCUGCGCCGUCGCCAGCCCGACCAAACCCGUGCAGAAGCGCGAAAUCCAUCCAAACUUGCUGUUCCAAGCGCAAGACAAAAGGCCAUUCUGCAAUGCCUUCACAGGAUGUGGCCGCAAGAGGUCAGACCUAUCGACAAUGGAAGACGUCGGGAACGCGGACAUGACGGGUGCGAGGCCGGCCGCCGCUGCGGAAGCACGCCUCUGGCAAGAUAUGCUCUCCGGAAUAGAGGAUAUGCGCCAGAGACAAAUGGCACCGCUGUAUUUCCGCGGCCGCAGGAGCCUGCCUCUAGAACACCGUGACAGUGCGACACUCGAGGUGCAAGGAAAGACCAAGAAGCGUUAGAUUUCCCGAAGCCGCCAUGAUGACGCUGCCCAAAUGACAGAGAUCGUACUGCGCGGGACCGUAGCAUCAGAGGCUGGACUCUCGGCGCAACAAAACAGCAUGAAGUGGCCCUUCAUUCAUGCUCAGACGAUAGAUCUGUUGCAGUUUUGGGUGCUUUUGACGUGUACGUGACACAGCUCGCUGGCAAACGUGAGUCCGGUGUUGCAAUUCAAUUCAGAGCACAUUGCUAUCACUCUGCAUAAACGACGGACGAGUAUUUUUCCAUUUUGUCUCUUCCACUUGAAGUGGCCGGAGCAAAUCCCCUCAUUGAUGUCCAUCUAAUGCCUGUUUAACGUGAAUUCACAUAAAUAUAUGUGUAAAUGUG